AUGAAUGUUCAGGCUCACAUGUCGGGACAGAUGUCUGGUCAGGUUCCGAACCAAGGGACCAUGUCCCAGCAAAAUGGAAACCCCCAAAUGCAGAAUUUAGUUGGUGGUGGUUCUGCUCCUCCUGGUGCUGGUUUAGGACCUUCACGUGUCUCUCCCGUUGACAAUGAACUUCUGAAACUUCGGCAGGGCAUGCGAAUCAAGAUUUUCAACAUCUUACAGCAAAAACAGCCGUCUCCAGCUGAUGAUGCAUCAAAGGCAAAGUAUAUGGAUGUUGCUAGGCGCUUAGAGGAAGGGCUGUUUAAAAUUGCCAACACAAAGGAAGAUUACAUGAAUCAGUCAACACUUGAACCUCGGCUGGCUAGUCUUAUCAAAGGCAGACAGUUGAAUAACUACAAUCAGCGACAUGCUAAUUCUUCUUCGGUUGGAACAAUGAUACCCACUCCAGGAUUACAACAGAGUGGGGCGAAUCCAAAUUUGAUGAUUACAUCCUCUGUUGAUGCUACAAUGGCUGGAAGUAAUAACAUCACAUCCACUGCUAUGAAUACUGGAAACCUGCUGAAUUCUGGUGGCAUGCUUGGAGGUAAUCUGUCUAAUGGAUACCAGCAUUCAUCGAACUUUGGUCUUGGUUCUGGAGGGAAUAUGGCAUCCAUGAGCUCACAAAGAAAUACUGGCCAGAUGAUGCCUACCCCUGGAUUUGUCAACAGCAGUACUAAUAACAAUAACAACAAUGGCCAGUCUUACUUGAGUGUUGAAGCUUCCAACAAUAGUGGCGGGUUUUCUGCUGCGCCCAUGAUGGUACAUCAGCCUCAGCAACAGCAACAGCAACUGAGGCAGGACAUUGGUGGCCCAAACAGUCGUAUGUUGCAUAACCAUGGAAGUCAAAUGGGUGUUGGCCUUAGACCUGGCAUGCAACUCAAAAUGCCUAAUGUGAAUAACACCUCCAUAAAUGGUGGUGUUAGUAUGAAUGCAAAAAGUGUAGAUUCAGGUACCAGAAAUUCACAGCAGUCUUAUGAUAACCUUCAGCGUACAGGAAUGCAGGCUUCAGGUGAAGGAUAUGGCACAAACAACUCCGACCCUUUCGGAUCUGGGAAUUUGUAUGGUGCUGUAACAUCUGUUGGGACGAUGACAAAUACUCAGAAUACCAAUUCAGCAAGUUUUCAGUCCGUGCCUAGAACUAGCUCUUCUCUGACUCCUGAGCAAUUUCAGCUUUCUCAGUUUCAGAAUCAAUACCAGAACAAUGCAGAUGACCGUCAUGCAGGUUCUCAGAUUAUCCCUGCCACAAAUCAGAGUGAUAUGUGCACAUCAGUUCCUCAAAAUAGCCAACAGAUACAGCAGAUGUUGCACCCGCAGAGUAUGGCUUCAGAUUCUAUUAACAGUUUUAGCAACCUCUCUGUUGGAGUGAAAUCAGAACCUGGUCUGCGUGGUCACUGGCAGUCUCAGUCACAGGAACAUACUCAAAUGUCUAAUAGUAUGUCGAACGAACGGCACAUUCAGGAGGAUUUCCGUCAAAGAAUGUCAGGAACGGAUGAAGCUCAGCCCAAUAAUAUGUCUGGAGGGUCUAUUAUUGGUCAAAGUCAUCUCUCAACUACAUCAGAAUCCCCUAAUCCUCAAACUCCUAUAGGUACCACUUGUAAAUAUGGAAAUGGAAACCAAGAUCCGAGAUUCAGAAAUCAACAGAAAUGGCUUCUGUUUCUACGCCAUGCUCGCAGCUGCAAAGCGCCGGAAGGGAAGUGUACCGACCGGAAUUGCGUUACGGUUCAGAAGCUCUGGAAGCACAUGGACAGUUGUGCCGCCCCUCAAUGUUCAUAUCCUCGCUGUCGCCCCACAAAGACGUUGAUUAAUCACCAUAAAAGUUGUAGGGAAUCUAACUGCCCUGUCUGUAUUCCUGUGAAGCUCUACUUACAGCAACAGGCACAUACACGGUCCCUAGCUCGUUCAAAAACUGAUAGCGAUGCCGCGAGGUCAGUGAAUGGUGAUGGGAUAUCAAAGGAUGCAGUACAGACCUCUACUGGAGCAAUAUCUUGUGCUUCGCCUGGUGUUGAUGUUUCAAAUCAUUUGCAGCCUUCUUUAAAACGGUUAAAGGUGGAGCAGUCUUCUCAGCCUGUAGACGGUGAGACGGAAAGUUGUAAAAGCUCAGCUGUUUCCGUAACAGAGGCUCAAUCAUCUCAGUACGCUGAACGAAAAGAUCAUAGGCACAGUGAUGUACGUGCGCCUUCAAAGUAUUUUGAAGUAAAAGCUGAGGUUUCUGAAGUUUCUGUCCAGGCAAGACCCGGUUUCAAAGAGACAAAAGUUGGAAUUGUUGAAAAUAUUCCCAAGCAAAGGCCUGUCAUUGAACCUGUUAAACCAGACUUGUCUGAUGCCUCACCUCGGCAAGAGAUCAUCAAAAUGGAGAAAGAACCCGAGCCACUGAAGAAAGAAAAUCUGGCAGAGCCUGUUGAUCCUCCACCAAAAUCUGGAAAACCAGAGAUAAAGGGUGUUUCAUUAACUGAAUUGUUCACUCCUGAGCAAGUGAGAGAACAUAUCCGUGGUCUCCGUCAGUGGGUUGGCCAGAGUAAAGCUAAAGCGGAAAAGAAUCAGGCUAUGGAGCAUUCAAUGAGUGAGAAUUCCUGCCAGCUAUGUGCAGUGGAGAAGCUUACCUUUGAGCCACCACCUAUUUAUUGUACCCCUUGUGGUGCCCGCAUCAAGAGAAAUGCUAUGUAUUACACCGUGGGAGCUGGUGACACUCGUCAUUACUUUUGUAUUCCAUGUUAUAAUGAAUCCCGCGGGGACACUAUACUCGCUGAAGGGACGCCUAUACCUAAGGCAAGACUCGAGAAAAAGAAAAAUGAUGAAGAGACUGAAGAAUGGUGGGUCCAAUGUGAUAAAUGUGAGGCCUGGCAGCAUCAGAUUUGUGCUUUAUUUAAUGGGCGAAGGAAUGACGGAGGGCAGGCUGAGUAUACCUGCCCGUAUUGCUUUAUAGCAGAAGUGGAGCAAAGUAAGAGGAAGCCUUUACCUCAGAGUGCUGUUCUUGGAGCUAAAGAUCUACCGAGAACAAUUCUCAGUGACCAUAUAGAGCAGCGGUUAUUUAAGAGGCUGAAGCAGGAAAGAACAGAGAGAGCCAGGGCUCAAGGAAAAAGUUUCGAUGAGAUUCCUACUGCCGAGUCCCUUGUGAUUAGAGUUGUUUCAUCUGUUGACAAGAAGCUGGAAGUCAAAUCCCGAUUUCUUGAAAUUUUUCGGGAGGACAAUUACCCAACAGAAUUUGCAUACAAGUCCAAGGUAGUUCUGUUGUUCCAAAAGAUUGAAGGUGUAGAAGUAUGCUUAUUUGGGAUGUACGUCCAAGAAUUUGGUUCUGAAUGCGCAUUUCCUAAUCAACGCCGAGUUUAUCUUUCGUAUUUGGAUUCUGUAAAGUAUUUUAGACCCGAGGUUAGAUCUUAUAACGGAGAGGCUCUGCGUACUUUCGUUUACCACGAAAUUCUGAUCGGUUACCUAGAAUACUGCAAGUUGCGUGGUUUCACCAGCUGCUACAUAUGGGCUUGCCCGCCCCUGAAGGGAGAGGACUAUAUCUUAUACUGUCAUCCAGAAAUUCAGAAGACGCCAAAAUCCGAUAAACUACGGGAGUGGUACUUAGCAAUGUUGAGAAAAGCUUCAAAGGAGGGCAUUGUUGCAGAAACUAUAAAUCUAUAUGACCAUUUUUUUAUGCAAACCGGUGAAUGUAAAGCUAAGGUUACGGCAGCUAGGCUCCCUUAUUUCGAUGGUGACUACUGGCCAGGUGCAGCAGAGGAUCUUAUAUACCAAAUGAGUCAAGAAGAAGAUGGCAGAAAGGGUAAUAAAAAAGGAAUGCUCAAGAAAACAAUUACAAAAAGGGCUCUUAAAGCUUCUGGGCAGACUGAUCUCUCUGGGAAUGCAUCCAAAGAUCUCCUGCUAAUGCAUAAACUUGGUGAGACCAUUCACCCAAUGAAGGAAGACUUUAUCAUGGUCCACUUGCAACCUUCUUGCACGCAUUGCUGUAUACUGAUGGUAUCUGGAAAUCGUUGGGUCUGCAGCCAGUGCAAACACUUCCAGAUUUGUGAUAAGUGCUAUGAGGCUGAGCAGAGACGUGAAGACAGGGAAAGGCAUCCUGUUAAUUUUAAGGAUAAACAUGCGUUGUAUCCCGUUGAGAUUACGGAUAUUCCUGAAGAUACGAGGGACAAAGAUGAGAUACUCGAAAGCGAGUUUUUCGACACUAGGCAAGCGUUUCUGAGUCUUUGUCAAGGGAACCAUUAUCAGUAUGACACGUUGAGGCGGGCAAAACAUUCGUCGAUGAUGGUCCUGUAUCAUCUACAUAACCCAACCGCUCCUGCCUUUGUCACGACCUGCAAUGCGUGUCAUCUCGACAUUGAAACUGGUCAAGGCUGGCGCUGUGAAGUAUGUCCAGACUACGAUGUGUGCAACUCGUGUUACAAUAGAGAUGGUGGAGUUAAUCAUCCUCACAAAUUGACUAAUCACCCAUCUUUAGCUGAUCAAAAUGCUCAAAACAAAGAAGCAAGGCAAUUGCGAGUCUUGCAGCUUAGGAAAAUGCUCGAUCUUCUGGUACAUGCAUCACAAUGUCGUUCUCCACAAUGUCAAUAUCCAAAUUGCCGGAAAGUGAAGGGACUAUUCCGACAUGGGAUACAAUGCAAAGUACGUGCUUCGGGGGGAUGUGUUCUAUGCAAGAAAAUGUGGUAUCUUCUGCAACUCCACGCUCGGGCCUGCAAGGAAUCCGACUGCCACGUACCUCGUUGCAGGGACCUGAAGGAGCAUCUGAGAAGAUUACAGCAGCAAUCAGAUUCACGGCGCAGAGCAGCUGUGAUGGAAAUGAUGAGACAAAGAGCUGCGGAAGUGGCUGGGAGCUCAGGUUAAUCAAAACAUGUACAUUUGGAAAGAUCAUCAAAUCAAAGUUCCUUUCCGCAAAGGUAACGAAGGUGUAGAGCCAAUUGAUCAUUCUCCAUUUUGAAGAAGAAGACCAGGCAGCUAGAGACUAAUGGUGAAUUUAGCUUAGAUUCCUAUUUAACACGCGAGGUCAAAACCCAGAGAGUGAGUUGACUUUCAGAAUCAGAAGAAGAAGAAGAGCAAACUCAGGCUUGCUGAGAGAUGGUUCGGUCUUAAGUUUUCGAGGUCAGUAGAUUGGAUGUGGUUUGGUUGGGUGAUCUUUUGAUUUCUAUACAUAUUACACACGCACACACACUUUUCCUCACUUGUUUUCUUUUUGGUAAUUUAUUGUAUUUUUGUAACUUGCCAUUUCUGAUUUGGGAAUCGCAAGAGUGUAACAUAUACAGUACGUUAACGUGUUUCUUGCAAGCAAAGUAAUAUAUAUAUAUAUAUAUAUAGACUCUUUCUUCCACUCUUAUUUUAUUUCUUUUUCUAUUUUGUUGAAAUUGUAUUCAGACUUUUAAUCAUAAUAAUUUAGUUUUUGCAUUGGAAGCAAGAUGUAAUUAUAUCAUUCGUUUAUGUUUCUUCCUUCUAUUGGGAUAUUAUGGGAUUCUUGUAAUUGGAAUCAUCAAAUUCCCGAGAAGACGACCUAGAAUCUGAUUGCCACGUAUGUUCAAGACUCUUGCAUUCAUAGAAUCUAAAUUCUAAGCCACCAGGCGUUGACACGUGUCUAAAGAAGAUAGAGUCUUGAACAAGAACCACUAGCUUAAUCUUCUCGAGAAAACAAGACAAUAGAGAGAAUCUGAUGAGAAAACUGCAAAAAACAAACAAGUAGAGUAAUGAUAAUACACUCUCCGUCUGCUUCUAUCCACCGCACGAACUUCUUGAACAAUCCAAGUAGAUCUCAGUGUCAGAGCCGCUUGGUCACUAGAUCGGCGGCGGUUCGUGUAUCCACGGCGGCGAUUGGGGCCAUAGCGACGGUGCUUAUGAUGGCUUCCGUGUCCGUAGCUUCAGCAGAGCUUCCUCCGCCGCCGCAAGACGGGGAAACGCUAUCAAACGUACCGCAAACGCUAUCAGGCGAAGACUGCAAGAAACAGAGGAUACAACGGCCAAAAUCCAAAAACGCAGAGAGAUGCACCGUCAAAUGCGUCAACACCUGCAUUCGCAGCGGAGACGGAGAAGGACCGCUCAACAUUCGAAGACCAUUAGUGGUAUUCAAGCAAGGAUUUCGUAGCCGUAAUUACUGCUUAGUGGAAUGUUCGGAUAUUUGCAAUUUGAUCGGAGAUGGUGACUAUGGACCCUGAAACGAUAUUUCAUAUAAAACAAAGAGAUGAUGCAGAAGAAAAAGAGGAGAAAUGAACUGAGAUAUGUCUUCAGAAUUUUUGUAGAUUCUGUAAAAACAAGAAACAAAAUUAAUUGAUCUAAACACGAUUAUAAUCUCAUAAGCGAUACAAUGUCUUCAAAACGGUCAGUCUCUUGAGAGUUUUGGCUGUCAGAUCAAUCGAGAUACAUUAGAAGAGAAUAUGUCUUGUUUAUUGUUAAUAACAUAAGGCCCAAUAGUAUUUGCACCCAGAAAAGGCCCAAUAUUUGGUAAUAUGGCCUAACAGAUAACUAAUGGGUUUACAGAGUAUGUAAAUGACAACCCACUUUUUUUUUGUUUCACCCAAAAUGUAGUGUUCUACCUUUUUUGUUUUCAGUGCUGUAGUUUGCAAAAAAAAUUUUGGUUGAAAUUGCUGUUUUACUAAAUU